ACCUCCUCCUAAAAACACAGUCAACACCAGCCAGCUUCACUCCCUGCAGCACCUUCGUUAUUUCUAAAUUUGAGACUGCAACAUAUUUUUUUUAUAUUCAUCAUUUUACUUACUCAGUCUCACAAUCAUCCUACAACUCGUUGGAUUUCUUUUUUUUUCGACUAGCCACCAUUACAGCAAGAUGAGUCAGGCUGAGCAGGUGCCUGAGGACAUGCCUGCAUGCCAUACAGAUGAGCCAGAAGCUACAGACGCCAACAAGGACCACCCACAGACACAACCGGGGAUGUUCGGCAGGUUGGCGGGGGGGUUGUAUGGAGCCACCAAAGCUACAGUGGGUGGCGUGACUUGGAUAGGAGGAAAGAGCCUGGACCUCACUAAGACAGCUGUCUGCACUGUAGCUGCCGUGCCUGUAAUGGGAGUGGGGCUGGUGAAGGGGGGAGUGUGUGCCGUGGCUGGCGGCGUGACCGCGGUUGGAUCUGCAGUAGUCAACAAAGUUCCUCUAGGAGGCAGCAAAAAGAAAGACAAGUCUGACUGACAUGGAGCAGAGGAGACUGGACACACAGCUCACACUCCUGUAGAUGUUUUUACAUUUGUAAGCAGGAGAAAAAGCAACUAAAGACUUAGAGCUGCAGUUUGCAAGUUAUGUUGUUGUCUUUGUGUUAUUUUUAUGUAACUAGAGAUAAAAUUCACAAUUGUUUAAUUAUGUUUUAAAAAUUGUACAUAAAAAGAAAGCAAUACAGCACACCUGUUCUCAUUCUUUCUGAUUCAAGACAAUCGAUGAUGAUUUGUGCCUUAUAAGGAGUUGUUACUUUCAUCUGGAAAUAAUUCACUUUCAGCUGGUAAAUACUAGAAACACUCUGAGUCUGAUUUCUAAUUACUCUUCUUCAGAUAAAUACACGUACUGACAAAUGAUAAGAUAAACCUGAUCAAGGACAUGGUAGGUAAAGUCCAGUUUUUAAUGUAGAUUUUUAUGGGUUGGUUUAUUGUGUUUAACCUGAACAUUUUGGUUCCAUUUCAAUGUGCAUGUUUCUCAGAUGUACUGUAUGUCUUCCUUGUGGUAAUCUUCUCACCUUAGUAGAAGAUCCCUGCUUUAGACAUUUUAUUAUUAUUUUUAUUACAAUAAAUGCAUUUUAUUACUGUGCAAAGGACUUUUUGUAAUUAAAUCUUUUCUUAUUUGUAUGCUUUCCUUUUGUUCCUCUUGUAAAAUAAAGCUGAAAAGUUUUUCUAA